CUUAGAAAACCCUAGAACGUGCGUUUCUUGGCCGCGACCUGAUAAGAAAACCUUAGGGGUACUUUUAUUGAAGAAGAAGAAGAAGAGGAGGAGGAAGAAGAAAAGUUUCUUGAACCGUUUUCUUUGUAAAACCAGGGCAGAUAAUAGGAAAAAUGUCACGGUGCUUUCCUUACCCGCCUCCGUGUUUCCUGAGGAACGGAGCGCACGGUGAGGCCGCGGUCAUGCCCUUGAGCGAAUCAAUUAAGCUCCAGAGGGAUUUGGGGAAGGCCAUAACAGAACAUGAUAAAAAGGAAAGGAAGGAGAAGAAAGAAAGCAAAAAGGGAAGGAAAGGAAACAAGAAAGCCUUGUAUAUUGAAGGAACAUGUAACCAACUGGAGAAAAGAUUGCCUUCAAAGGGAAAAGAGGAGGAAGCUGAAAGGAGUGGUUUGACAGAAGAACAUGACCAGCCUGUCUGUUCUGAGAGCCGUAGCUGUUCAUCUGACGGCACUCGGAGUAGCAACAAGAGAAAAGGAGAUGACUCGGAAUAUAAAGGCACCAAAAGUCAACAAACAGGGAAUUUAAUACUACGUAUUCAGCUACCAUUGAAAAGGCUUAGGGAGACGGAUGCAUCUGUCAAUGGAGAGCAGUUGUGUUCUACUUCUGGGAGGUCAGAUUCUAAUCUGCAGCAGAAGAAAAUUAUCCAAAUGCCUGUUAAAGGACAGUGUAGUGCCGGCAACUCCAAUAAUUGUAGGAGAGAUUUAAAACGGCAUGAAAACUCUGCUGUUCAUUUUGUCAAAACUGCUUCUGGGAUGUUGUCCCAUAGGAAGGAGGUGCAAACAGCGGAGGCCCUGUACAAGUCUUUGAUUGAGGAUUGGGCUCCACCAGCUCUUGAGUUGGAGCAAACAAAUUUUGAUGAUGAAGAAUGGCUUUUUCAGACGAAAAAGCAAGAAACUCGUACAUCUAAAAGAUUUAAAUCUCACCCAGAUGAACCACGCCUUGAAAGCUCUACCCUCUGGCCAAGUGCAUGCUACUUGCAUCAAGCAGAUGUCUACGCAUUACCCUAUACAAUUCCAUUUUAAUGUCAACCAUUUGGCGUUGUCAAGAAAAUUUACCUAAUUGUUGUUCAUGGUGCCAGAUUUUUUUUUCCUAUUUGGUGCAACAAAAGGACUGUAGACUGACUGCUGAUAGAGUUUGGCAUUGGUUCUCUAGGUAUGAGAAAUGCAAAAUCAUGUACAGCAAAACGAAAUUUACAAGUUAAUGAAAUAUUCUUUUGAAAAAUUAUUAAUAGUUUCUUAAA